AAAAUUGAUAAAAAAAAGUAAAUAAUUCCUCCUACCCCAUGACCCCAUCCCCUGUCUAUAUAAACGGCCCAAUAUUCAUCUUGUUCAUUAGGGUUGGCAUAUUAGUCAUAAAUUAAGGUUUCUUCUUAUGUGUAUGUACGAGGAAAACCAAAUCGUUGUUGGCUUUCUUCUUGGUAGCAACAUGUUGAUACAAUGAUAAAAGCAGCAACUAGUGGUUAUUUCUACAAAACAUAAGUAAUAUGGUGCAUGCAUGCUGAUUAGUCGUUUAUGAAAUUUUGAAGCAGAAAGUAUGUGGAAGCUGAAAAUAGCAGAAGGUGGCGAUGAUGAGUGGCUGACCACCACCAACAACCAUGUUGGCCGCCAACACUGGGUGUUUGAUCCGGAUGCUGGAACCGAAGAGGAACGUACUGAGAUCGAGAAGAUGCGUCUUCACUUCAAACUUAAUCGUUUUCAAUUCAAACAAAGUGCCGACUUGUUAAUGCGUACUCAACUAAGAAAGGAGAAUGCAAUAGAUGAAAAUGAAAUACCGAAAGCAAUAAAAUUGAAUGAAACAGAAGAAAUAUCAAAUGAAGCUGUUACAACUACACUCCGAAGAGCCAUUAGCUUCUACUCCACUAUUCAAGCUCAUGAUGGUCAUUGGCCUGCUGAGUCUGCUGGGCCUUUGUUCUUCCUUCCUCCACUGAUAAUAGCACUGUAUGUGACUGGAUCCAUGAAUGAUAUUCUAACACCUGCACAUCAGCUAGAAAUCAAACGCUACAUAUACAAUCAUCAGAAUGAAGAUGGAGGUUGGGGAUUACAUAUAGAGGGUCACAGCACAAUGUUUGGAUCAGUACUUAGUUACAUUACAUUGAGAUUGCUUGGAGAAGAAGCCAACAGUGUUGCUGAGGACAUGGCAGUGGUUAAAGGCCGUAAAUGGAUCCUUGACCAUGGUGGUGCAGUUGGGAUUCCUUCGUGGGGAAAGUUUUGGCUCACGAUACUUGGAGUAUACGAGUGGGGAGGCUGUAAUCCCAUGCCACCCGAAUUUUGGCUCCUCCCUAAGUUUUUCCCCAUUCAUCCAGGCAAAAUGUUGUGUUACUGUCGCUUAGUGUACAUGCCCAUGUCGUACUUAUAUGGCAAAAGAUUUGUGGGAAGAAUAACAGAGUUGGUUCACUCACUAAGGCAAGAGCUUUAUGCGAACCCUUAUGAUGAAAUUAAUUGGAAUAAAGCACGAAAUACUUGUGCAAAGGAAGAUCUGUAUUAUCCGCACCCUUUUGUUCAAGAUAUGGUAUGGGCCACACUUCAUAAUGUUGCUGAACCUAUCUUAACAAGUCGACCAUUUUCCACACUACGAGAAAAGGCACAAAAGGUUGCAAUGGAUCAUGUUCACUAUGAAGAUAAGAGCAGUAGAUAUCUUUGCAUUGGAUGUGUGGAAAAGGUAUUAUGCUUAAUUGCAACGUGGGUGGAAGAUCCAAAUGGUGAUGCAUAUAAGCGACAUCUUGCAAGAAUUCCUGAUUACUUUUGGGUUGCUGAGGAUGGGAUGAAAAUGCAGAGCUUUGGAUGUCAAAUGUGGGAUGCAGCCUUUGCUAUUCAAGCCAUUUUUUCAAGUAAUCUAGCAGAGGAAUACGGCCCGACUCUUAGAAAAGCACACGAGUUUGUAAAAGCAUCACAGGUUCGUGAUAACCCCCCUGGAGAUUUUAGUAAAAUGUAUAGACACACUUCUAAAGGUGCAUGGACGUUUUCCAUACAAGACCAUGGUUGGCAAGUUUCUGAUUGUACAGCAGAAGGCUUAAAGGUUGCACUUUUGUACUCCCAAAUGAGCCCAAAACUUGUUGGCGAAAAACUUGAAACUGAGCGUCUCUACGAUGCUGUCAAUGUUAUUCUUUCAUUACAGAGUGAAAAUGGUGGAUUUCCAGCUUGGGAACCACAAAGGGCAUAUGCUUGGUUGGAGAAAUUCAAUCCGACUGAAUUUUUUGAAGAUGUGUUGAUCGAACGAGAGUAUGUGGAAUGCACUUCUUCUGCAAUCCAAGUGAAAUAUGUUGAAGAUACACAAGAAAGUGAUGGUUCAUGGUAUGGUUGUUGGGGAAUAUGCUACACCUAUGGUACAUGGUUUGCAGUAGAUGCACUAGCAGCUUGUGGAAAGAACUAUCAUAACAGUCCCACCCUUCAAAAAGCUUGCAAAUUUCUCUUAUCCAAACAACUUCCAGAUGGUGGAUGGGGAGAGAGUUACCUUUCAAGCUCAAACAAGGUAUACACGAAUUUGGAGGGAAAUCGAUCGAAUUUAGUACAUACGUCGUGGGCUUUGAUAUCACUUAUUAAAGCUGGACAGGCUGAAAUUGAUCCUACACCAAUAACUAAUGGAAUACGACUUCUCAUCAAUUCACAAAUGGAAGAAGGAGACUUUCCUCAACAGGAAAUCACAGGAGUAUUCAUGAAGAAUUGUAACCUCAAUUAUUCAUCAUAUAGAAAUAUUUUCCCCAUAUGGGCACUUGGUGAGUAUGGGCGUAUUGUUCAAAACAUAUGAAAACAUUUCAUGUAAUAUAAGGAUAAAGACUGUAACACGAGAUCUAUACAGUGGGAUCAAUAUACUAAUUUAUAUGUGAAAUUGUUGAUUAUGGAUGUGUG